GGGACCGCGGCGAGUCUGACGGUGUCGCCGGCAGAGAGGUCUCGCGUCCCCCGCAGAAUGGAACCAGUUUUGGAUAAAGCAACAAUUAUAAGACCAUCUUAUAUUGCUAGUGUUGAGCUACCUCCAAGAAUUGGGCCAGUAAAUGUUGAGGACCUUAAAGCAGACCUCUCAGAUGAAUUUUCCCUGGUUUCUUCAAACUUGGAUAUAAGCCAGAGGAACAGUUUGGAUUCCAAGGAACAUAUACAAGUUUGCCUUCGUAUUAGGCCUUUCACAGCAACUGAAAAAGAAAAUGAAUCUCAGGACUGUGUUUCUAUUCAAGACUCAACUAGCAUUAUAUUGAAAGGCCCUAAGAAUUCCAUGAUCUGUCGGCUGAGUGAAAAAAAUGUAGGGCAGAUGGUGCAGAAAUUCACUUUUUCACAAGUAUUUGGACCUGAAACAACUCAAGAAGAGUUCUUUGAUGGUACUGUGAAACAACCAGUACAAGACUUCUUGGAGGGACACAAUCGUCUUAUUUUCACUUACGGUGUGACAAAUGCUGGAAAAACCUACACAUUCCAAGGGUCCAGUUUAUUCAUAAGGGGUUAUGAACAUCCAUUAUCUGUAAUGACUACAACUUCAGAGUCAUCUACUGGUACCACCAUCAGUGCUGCAACUAAAAAUAUACGAGACAGUAACUACCUGUAUUUAUUUAUUUUUUCUUUAAAAAUAAAUAAAGCUUUCUUCAUCAAGUAAAACCAUGGAUGAGUUCAUA